CUUCUUCUUCACCUACAAAAACCCCUCAAAACGAACCAUUUCAAGCUGACUCUGAGCUGAAACAAAAUGAAGAAACUAAAGACUUAUUACAUGCAAAUACGACACAACAAUACUCACCAAACGACAGUCGAAAGAAAAUGGAUUUUCCCUCUGGCAAUCGGCUCAAUAGUCUCUUUGUUCCUCCUCUUUCUCACCACUUUAACUUCACCAGACGGCACUCCGUUUCUGCCUUUUUAUCGUUCAAUUUCGUUUUCUGGGUCUUCAGUUUUUGUUGAAUCUAAACUUCAGACUAUUCCCAUUUUAAACCUCCCUCCGCCUCCGCGUUUCGCUUACAUGAUCUCUGGAUCUGUGGGCGACGGUAACAUGAUAAAACGCACUCUUUUGGCGCUGUAUCAUCCAAAUAAUGUUUAUGUUCUUCAUUUGGAUAGGGCGUCGUCUGAUGCCGAGCGUUUAGAUCUAAAGAACUUUGUCAAUGAGCACCCUUUAUUUGUGCAAUUUGGGAAUGUUAAGGUGAUUGCUAAGGCCAAUCUCGUGACUUAUAGAGGCCCGACAAUGGUAGCCAAUACGUUACAUGGGGCUGCUAUUUUGUUGAGGGAAGGUGGAGAAUGGGAUUGGUUUAUUAAUCUUAGUGCGUCUGAUUAUCCACUUGUGACUCAAGAUGAUCUCCUGCAUACGUUUUCCUAUUUGCCGAGGGAUCUGAAUUUCAUUGAUCAUACUAGUAAUAUUGGGUGGAAAGAGUUCCAGAGGGCGAAACCGAUAAUUGUAGAUCCAGGGUUGUAUAUGACAAAGAAAGCUGAUGUAUUUUGGGUUACACAGAAGAGGAGUGUACCAUCUGCAUUCAAACUCUUUACAGGUUCUGCUUGGAUGGCACUUUCUCGGCCUUUUAUUGAUUACUGCAUCUGGGGAUGGGACAACCUACCACGGACUGUCCUUAUGUACUAUUCAAAUUUCUUAUCAUCUCCAGAAGGUUACUUCCACACUGUCAUUUGUAAUGCUCAAGAGUUUCGUAACACCACUGUCAAUACUGACCUCCAUUUCAUAUCAUGGGACAACCCUCCUAAGCAGCAUCCUCACUACCUUAACGUUGCUGACAUGAAAAGGAUGGUUGACAGCAAUGCCCCAUUUGCGAGGAAGUUCCCUCGCGACAAUCCUGUGCUUGACAAAAUUGAUUCUGAGCUCUUGUCCCGAGGUCCAGGAAUGGCUACUCCUGGUGGUUGGUGCAUAGGAACAGGGGCAAACGGAACAGAUCCGUGUUCUCUUAUUGGUAAUGUCACUAGCCUCAGGCCUGGCCCUGGAGCAAAACGGCUUGAAAAUUUGAUAAGCUCUCUGUUAUCAAGUGAGAAAUUCCGGCCAAGACAGUGCAAGUAACAAGAACCUAAGUCAACUUUAGCAGGUGCUUCCCAUAUAUUUUGGGUUAGUCUAUAUCAGAAGACGGAUAUGACCAAGUAAUCAGUUUACCUACUAGUAGGGGAGAUAGAAAUUAAGCAUGCAGAAAGUAUACACGAUCUCUGGUUUAUAGGGGUGGAUUCUCUGGUUGGUUUAUACAGUCACACGAAAGAGAUGGAUUUGCCGGAAAGAUUUCAGCUACAGACCCAGGAGUACACCUGUAAUAUUCCGGUGUAAGUGACCGAGCUUAUCUGUCUUAGUAUCCCAAUUUCUUUGCCCUUUUCAUUUAGUACACGCAUUUGCCUUGAUCCAACACCAAGCUUGUUCAGGACUUUGAUGUAAUGGAAGAGCAUUUGACUGAAAUAGUGUUAGAAAAAGAAAAUUCACGGAAAAGGUCAUAUAACAAACGAAAAUUCUUAGAAAAUUUUGUUAUUUGCCUUGUGUAUUAAUGAGUUGCUUCUACUUGCUCGGUUA